AUGGAUCCUCGCAAGCAAGCGCACGAACGGGCGCCACCGCCAGAGCGCGCCGAGCUGGUCGAGCUUGCCGCUGCCCUCGUCAAGCACCUCGACGGCGACCAGGAGCGCGAGUGGCUCAACCUCGUCCCAGGGGCAAGCACGCGGUGGACUACAGCAGUCGACGUGCACAUCCAAUCUCACCACGGCGGUUUGGACUCGACGAGCCCGCCCGUCGCCAUCUACGACGCCGGCUUCCUCCAAACGGGCAAGCUCUUCAAGGCCAGCCUGCCCAUCCUUGUCCUCCCCGAGCCCGCACACCACACGAGGCUGUGGGCCGGGCCAGAGGAACACGAAAAGCGUUGGUCGUAUCACGGGCACUCGAACGACUCGAGCGCGUCGCAGUGGGUCAUCGAGGACUAUCGCGACAAGAUGGACCUGCGGGUCGUCUUCCACCUUCGCAGCCAGCAAGCUGAACACGAGCACAUCAACGGCGUCGAGGACUCGCUCCCGAUCUACGCCCCGCCGACGCCGCCGGCGUACCACCCUCCUCGCCUUCCUUCUCGCUCGCCAUCGCCUGCGCCCGGCCAGUCGCCUUCCUCGUCCAGCAACAUGGUGUCGGAUGCCGACCGACGUGUCCACAUGCAGCAGAUCCGCGCUUUCCUCGACUGGAUGGACGUCGGGUGCAAGUUUCGAGGUCAAGGUUGGGCCGAUCAGCGCGUCCACAUCGAGUACCGCCGCCAAGGCGAGGGCCGCAGCAGCACGAGCUCGCCCAAGCGCGACAUCCUCGAGCUCGUCGUCCGGCUCAAGGGCAUCUGGCGCCACGUCGAGCUCGACAACCCGCCUCUCUCCUUAGAGUCUCGAAAGUUCUACGUCUUUGCGCUGCCGGGCGCCGACUUUCCCGAGGGCGACGGCGACAAGGCGGCGAGCGUGUUGAGCUGCCCGCUCCACGAGUACGAGGACGCGUCGGGUCACUACCCCUUUGCGUCGCCCGACGGUUCGCGCUUGCACGACGAGUGGACCUUCGCGCCGUCAACGGGCCGCAAGCUCGACAGCAAGCGGCGCCUCGUCGCGACGACGUGGUCGGUCAAGUCGACGUGCGCGCACGGGACGCCCCUCCGCGUCGUGUUCGAGCUGGACGAGCCGCACGAGCCCCGAGCGCGGUCGACGGGCGUGCAGGGCGUCUUUAAGAGGCUGCUUCGGAGCUAG